AGUUUGAUUUGUAUUUUGCAUUUAUAUUGACACCUGCUUAUUUCAUGGUUGUAGGGGUAGAUCUGUGGUAGAGACAAGACAAAGAGAAAUGGUGGCCUGGGUGGCAGGGAUAAGGGUGGGAAUGGUGGCUUAUGCACUCCCGUGAUAUAAUCCACAUUGAAGAUGAUAGACCAAGUUCCAAGGAAAUUUUUAGUUAUUUAUUUAUAUUUAUCGGAAUCCUCUCUCAAAUCUGAAAUCUCUAGGAAACUCAUACAGAUAUCCGAACCAGGAUAUAUGAGAUAUUAUUGAAUAUAACAUGUAAUUGAAUGUAUCUUAAGCCAAAGAAUAUAACAUGUAAUUGUAUGCUUAUAUAUACAUAAGCAUACAAAGACUGAUCAUAGCAGCAGCAAACACACUUUUUAGAUCAGAAUGGGAAAGAAGGUAGCCAUUAUAGGAGCUGGAGCUAGUGGCCUUCUUGCCUGCAAGUACACACUUUCAAAGGGCUUUCAGCCCAUUGUGUUUGAAUCUGCAAGCACCAUUGGAGGAGUUUGGACCAAAACUAUUGAGACCACCAAGCUCCAAACUCCUAGAGAAGUUUACCAAUUCUCAGAUUUCCCAUGGCCAUCUUCUGUGACAGAGGACUUUCCUAACCAACAUCAGGUUUUGGAUUACAUCAAAUCAUAUGCUCACCAUUUUGACUUGCUCAAGCAUAUCAAAUUCAACACCGAAGUUUGUGGGAUUGAGUAUGAAGGCUCCUCUGAGGAUGAGAUGCAAGCUCGGAGCUUGUGGGGUGGCUCUGGAGAGCCUUUCAGCUCCAAAGGGAAAUGGAAAUUUGUAGUAGAAGACAAACAAAGCCUUUCAACCGAGAUCUACGUGGUGGACUUUGUGAUCCUCUGCAUCGGACGAUUCAGUGAUGUCCCAAACAUUCCUGAAUUCCCUUCCAACAAAGGACCAGAAGUAUUUGAUGGAGAGGUUAUACACUCUAUGGAUUAUGCUGCCAUGGAUUACGAUAGCGCUCGCAGAUUCGUGAGAGGAAAGCAAGUAACAGUUGUUGGGUUUCAGAAAUCUGCCUUGGACAUUGCAAUGGAGUGUUCAAACACAAAUGGGCUUGAACAUCCAUGCAGAGUCUUAUACAAGACAGAACAUUGGAAUGUCCCUGAUUAUCUCCCAUGGGGUGUGCCCCUGGCAUGCCUAUACCUUAAUCGAUUCUCGGAGCUUUUGGUUCAUAAGCCUGGAGAAGGCAUCCUACUCAGUCUCCUGGCAACAAUUCUUUCACCUCUGAGAUGGGCAUUUUCAAAAUUUGUGGAAAGUUAUAUAACUAAGAAGCUUGGUUUAGCCAAGUAUGGAAUGGUACCUAAGCAUAGUUUUCUCCAAGAAAUCAGUUCUUGUCUGAUCUCAACAGUGCCUGAGAAGUUCUAUGACCGAGUCCAAGAAGGAAGCAUCAUACUGAAAAAGUCUCCCAGCAGCUUCAGCUUUUGCCAAGAAGGCAUUUUGGUUGAAGGAGAAAGCUCCCCUGUGAAGACAGAUUUGGUCAUAUUGGCUACGGGUUAUAGGGGUGAUAAAAAGCUCAAAGACAUCUUUGUGUCUCCCACCUUUCAGGACUACAUAGCCGGAUCACCUAAUGCAACUUUACCCCUCUACAGGCCACUUCAGGGAAUGAACAAUCCGUGUAGAAGAGUUGAUGGUUGAGCAUGAGGCAAUUCUCAAAAACAGUGAAAAUCCAAAUUCCUCACUCACAUGGGACGAAUAUAAAUCGAUGACUUUUACUCUUCAGGUUAUCAAUGAAAUUCUUAGGCUGGGAAAUGUUGCCCCUGGCUUAUUACGUAGAGCUUUGAAAGAUAUCCCAGUAAAGGGAUUUACAAUUCCAGAAGGCUGGACCAUUAUGGUUGUCACCUCUGCACUUCAGUUAAGUCCCAACACAUUCGAGGAUCCCCUCGAGUUCAAUCCAUGGCGUUGGAGGGACCUUGACUCAUAUGCUGUGUCCAAGAACUUCAUGCCUUUUGGUGGAGGAAUGAGGCAAUGUGCAGGGGCACAGAGUAUAGUAGGGUUUUCUUAGCCACCUUUCUCCAUGUCUUGGUCACCAAAUAUAGGUGGACAACAAUCAAAGCAGCACGCAUUGCUCGAAACCCUAUUUUAGGAUUUGGGGAUGGAAUUCACAUAAAGUUCGAGGAGAAGAAAACCUGAGAUGAAUUUUUUUUUUAUCCUAAAUUGAUCGAACUUAGAUGCUACCCAUAUAUAUAAUCAAAUUGAGUGUGUCA